UGCAAAAGCUGAUGUGUAACAAAAGGGGCGGCAGCAACGUCAGGCUCCUGUGUCCAGUCAUACAACCUGAAGCCUGGUGUGUGUGUGUGUCUGUGUGUUUGUGUGUGUGUGUGUGUAUAUGGUUAAUACAGUUUAAUAAAUUGGAAAGAUGAAUGCCGAUAUUUCUCUCAUGUCUCGGAUAGUCUCCGACAAUGAUGGGGAUACAAUGCAGACGUUGAAGUUUGGCGGUUGUCACCAGAAAGACACUGCAUUUAACAAGGUGCGGAGCUUCAGUGACACCCAGGCGGGAUCUUCGCCAGAGAGCAAGCACCUGAUAGAUGAGCUCGAGGUCAUCAAGUUCCACAUUGAAGUCCAAACUCGAACCAUUGAAUCCUUGAAUCAGACUGUGAGCCUCCUGGCGAAGGAACGAAGCCACCAUCAGCAGCAGAUCCGACUACUAGAGGCGGAGGUGAGGAGACUGAGCAUGUGUAGCAACAUCGAAGAGGACAGGAUUAACCUGAUGAUAGACAGAAAGAUUGAAGACUGGAAGAAGGAGCUGUGCUCGAACCCAACCAAUUCACAAGACCCGACCCAACAAGCAGAAAACCAGGGGCAAUCAACAGAUACCAACAACCAUACCGAAGAACUUGCGACAGAAAUACACGAGAGCAAAAAGUUUCUAUGGGAAGAAUGCGAAUCAUUGCAUAAAGAAAUAGAGCAAAUUAACAGAAAGCUAACUAUUCAAGAGGAUGAUCUGUUAAGUAGUUUGACAGAUUGCAAAAUACUCAGGCAGAACCAAAAGAAAUAUAAUCAGAUUCUAGAAAGACUAAUACAAAGAUGCAGACAAAUACAGUCACUGGAUCCUGAACAGGAGCUAAAAGACAUUAAGUUGGCAAUGGUCGACAUGCAGGAGCAGAUUCAGAACCUGUGCUAUUCCAGCAAAGGAAACACGACCGUAGCCAAGAUUAAGAGAGGUAGAUGUAUUGAUAACACAAGGAAAGAGUUGAUGGUGAAACAAAUGUGCAAUACUUCAGAUUCUGAGACUGAUACAUGGUAAAAGAGUUCAUAUAAGCUUUUGACGGCUGCUGCCCAUAAUUCCAUCAUCUUCGACCAACUGCCCAAACAACAUCAUAGUCAACAUUAUACCAGCAGCCAGAUGCUCAAUAAAGUGAAUAUACACAAACGCAACAGCAGCUGGUUAUUAGAGAGCUGGCAAAGCACUCUCAUGCCUCAGGAGGUAGAAGUGCACUCUGGUAAGGGUCUCUAUGCAUAGGAUCACUGCAAAACACAGCAAAGAUGGAAGAACUUUGAAGUCAACUUCCAAUUACUCCUCGACUCCAGAUGUCUCACCAAGAUUGUCAAAAGUUAGAAGCUAUUGAACCAUGGGCACCAAUGUUUAACCAUGCGGGACAGCAUGGUGGCGCAGCGGUAGAGUUGCUGCCUUACAGCGCCAGAGGCCCAGGUUCCAUCCUGACUACGGGUGCUGUCUGUACGGACCGUUUGUAUGUUCACCCUGUGAUCUUGUGGGUUUCCUCCAGGUGCUCCAGUUUCCUCCCACACUCCAAAACAUAGAGAAUAGGUGCAGGAGGAGGCCAUUCGACCCUUCGAACCAGCACCGCCAUUCAUUGUGAUCAUGGCUGAUCGUCCCCCAUCAAUAACCCGUGCCUGCCUUCUCCCCAUAUCCCUUCACUAGCCCCUAGAGCUCUAUCUAACUCUCUCUUAAAUCCAUCCAGUGACUUGGCCUCCACUGCCCUCUGUGGCAGGGAAUUUCAUAAAUUCACAAAUCUCUGGGUGAAAAAGUUUUUUCUCACCUCAGUUUUAAAUGGCCUCCCCUUUAUUCGAAGACUGUGGCCCCUGGUUCUGGACUCGACCAGCAUUGGGACCAUUUUUCCAUUGUCUAGUCCUUUGAUCAUUUUAUAUGUUUCUAUAAGUUCCCCCUCAUCCUUCUAAACUAGCGUGUAGGAUAGUGCUUUUAGUACAGGGAUCGCUAGUGGGUUCGGUGGUCCGAAGGGGUUCUUUCCGUGCUGUAUCUCUAAACAAAACUACACUAAACCUACCAGCAGGAGGCACAAGUAAGCAGAUCAGAGCAGCAAUAUACAUUUCCUCCUGAAGCAGAAAAAUCCAGCCCCAUUGUUCACUUCAACAAGACUAAAGCUCCCUCUGCAGUAGCCCAUUAAUCACUUCCAUGACAGGAACAGUAGGGAUUAAAUGCACAAUAAAUCUCCUUCUGCAGUUGCACACGGCAGAAAAAAAGCUAACAGCGAGACCAAUCAUUGUGAGCUUUUCUUCCCCCGCCCCCGCUGGUCAGCUGAGUUUCCGAAAGGCCUUGAAUGAAGCUGUAAAUUAGCAAGCAGUGCAUUCAUCCCCAAGGUUGCUGCUAUUUUGGUUUUGAUGAACAAUUGGCUAUACCUUCAAUGACUCCAUUUAUAUGGUCUGUUGAACCAGUCAAAAGUCAAAACACAAAGUGGUUAAAAUAAAAAAUAAAAAAAUUGGUGAGGGGAAAGAUUGUAUCGUACACGUAACAUUUGUAGCGGUGAUUUAGAAAUACAUACCCAAAUUUGAUGAUUCUGAUCCUGACGACUUGUACAUCAGGAAGCAAUCAACCCCACAUUCCAAAAGCAAAGAGAGCACUGGAAUAAUGCCGCUCCACUCCUACUGCGGCAGCCUUGUAAAAGCAAAGCUGUUUGAUGCUGAAGUGGCCUAGAUGCCUGUCGGAAUUGCAACUUUUAUAAUGCCUUUCAGGAUAUCCCAAAGCUCGUCCUUCUGAAGUAUAGUGCUCGGACGGAGUGUUACAAGAAAUAAGCGGCAAGGAGACAUUCCCCACAGUUUUAAAAUCUGCAAACAGGAUACACGGACAUACAGAUCAACCAGGGUACUUAGAGUGGAAACGUUGGGAACAUUUAACAGAUCUGCGAAGAGAUGCUGCACCAUUUAUUUCUCCAACACCUUAGAGUCACACAGGUUGGAAAUAGGCCCUUCGGCCCAACUUGCCCACAAUGGCCAACAUGUCCCAGCUACACUAGUCCCACCUACCUGCGUUUGGCCCAUAUCCCUCCAAACCUGUCCUAUCCAUGUACCUGUCUACUUGCUUCUUAAACGUUGGGAUUGUCCCUGCCUGAACUACCUCCUCUGACAGCUCGUUCCAUAACCUUCUCACCCAACUUUUGUUUUCACUGUCCCGUUGCUGACAUCUUUGACCCGAGACCUUAAUGCCGUUUCGCUUUAGAGGAAAGCUGCCUGAUAUGCCGGGCAUUUCCAAUGUUCUGAUUUGUUUCAGUAUCUCCAGAUUUUUGUUUUCUUUCUCACUAAUGAUCUCUGCUGUAAAGAGUUCUUUGGAGAAAUGGCUGGGCUGGUACAUAACAUUUGGUGACACCACCAUCCACGAAUUAUCAGGAUAUAGCCAAGAAAAAAGCCUUUCAAAGUAACUUAUUUUUUUAUGCAGAAAUAUAAUUAAAAUGUCCCCGUUACACAUUGUUAACCAUAAAUUCAUAAAAAAUAGGAGCAGAAUUAGGCUAUUCGACCCAUCGAGUCUGCUCCGCCAUUCGAUCCUGGCUCAUCUAUUUUCCUCUCUUAACCCCAUUCUCCUGCCUUCUCCCGAUAACCCCUGACACCCGUACUAGUUUCACCUCAUCUGACUCUCUCUCUUUAAACACCUCCAGCUAUUGAAUGACUCAAGGAUCCUGGCCAAAAUCAUCCUCAAAGCUAAACAAUUCCUAUCAUUGAUUGCUAUGUACAUGUAUAGAAAUAUUUUAUUCACUCUACAAUAGUCCUUAAUAACCUUAAGCACGAUUC